GGACCAGCGAGGAACCACGAUAGUGAUUUUGUGCAAUUUGUGAAAAGUGGUGUUUGAGGAAAAAUGUUUUGAAAACUUAAAUAACCACAUUUUAACUCGCCUUUAUACUAACAGCCACUAUGAAGAGCUGGCUGGAGACAGCUGGCGGCAUGGAGGACGAGUCCAUGCCAUGCAUGCUGGUGGAACCUAGAGAAGCGCUAUUGCCCAUCACUGGAAGGGAAAACCUGGCUCCUAUGAAAAGAGAAAGAGUCCUAGAGUCGUGUGCAAUAUCAGAAGAAGCAUACUUAUCAAGCGGAGCUGGAUCUCCCUGUGCAGGUUUGUCCCGUGAAGAGCGCCGGCGCAGACGACGAGCUACACUCAAAUACCGCACAGCUCACGCUACAAGAGAACGAAUCAGAGUUGAAGCAUUCAAUGCUGCUUUUGCAGCCUUAAGGAGACUGUUGCCAACUCUACCGCCAGACAAGAAAUUGUCUAAAAUUGAAAUCUUGCGCUUAGCCAUUUGUUACAUAGCUUAUUUAAAUCACGUGUUAGAGGCGUGAUGUGAUGUUAAUAAUAUUAAUUCGCAUUCUUCUCUAGUAAUUUUACCAACGACAUAUGUAUUAUAUGA